CAGUAGCAGAAUUGAACGUCUUACAAGACAGCAAUGGCUUUUUCUCUAGAAUUUGAAUAUGGAGGCCACAGGGACAGAUGAAGUAGAAAAGAUAAAAUCAAAGUUUAUGUCGGCAUGGCACAACAUGAAAUACAGUUGGGUGUUGAAAACAAAAACUUACUUCAGUAGAAACUCUCCAGUCUUUCUGCUGGGAAAAUGUUACCACUUCAAAACCGAUGAAUCUAGUGAACUCUCUUCAGAUGGGUCCAAUUUUGAUAAAAUCAACACGGAGAUUUCAGGAAAUGUUGAGGAGUUUCGUAAAGAUUUUAUUUCUAGAAUAUGGCUGACUUACAGAGAGGAAUUUCCUCAGAUAAAGGGGUCUGCAUUAACAACAGACUGUGGCUGGGGUUGCACACUGAGAACUGGUCAAAUGCUGCUGGCUCAAGGUCUUAUGCUUCAUUUUCUCGGUAGAGCCUGGGUCUGGCCAGAUGCGUUGGAUAUUGACAAUUCAGAUUCUGAAUCAUGGACAGCCCAUACAGUGAAAAAGCUGACAGCAUCAUUCGAAGCAUCACUUACAGCAGAAAGAGAACCCAAGAUGCUGUCAAAUCAUCAUCAGGGAACAAUAAAGAGGAACUGUGAUGACAAUGAAAUGAGAAAUGAAGUUUAUCAUAGAAAAAUAAUUUCUUGGUUUGGUGACUCUCCACUGGCAGCUUUUGGCUUGCACCAGCUAAUAGAGUAUGGAAAGAAGUCUGGAAAAAUUGCUGGAGAUUGGUAUGGGCCUGCAGUUGUUGCACACAUUUUAAGAAAAGCUGUUGAAGAAGCAAGAGACCCUGAGCUACAAGGAGUAACAGUCUAUGUUGCUCAGGAUUGUACAGUCUACAGUUCAGAUGUUAUUGACAGACAGUGUUCUUUUAUGGACUCUGGAAAAGCAGACACAAAAGCUGUAAUUAUAUUAGUUCCUGUGAGACUCGGUGGAGAGAGAACAAACAUGGACUACUUAGAGUUUGUAAAG